AGUUCCUUGAAGUACCAGUCCUCGUUCUCGACCUCCUCCGCUUUUGUGUGCUGGAAACUUUGUCCUUUAGAUCAUUGAACCCUUAUUCUAUCAGCAGAACUUCUAGAGACUAGGUUCUCAUUAUGAAUAGGCCAGGUGUGUCAUCUUCUUGCUUUUGUGCUGUCCGUGGCUCGGGGUUGCUAUAACCCGAUGGCCCUUCUGGUCGGUGUUCUCGUGGCAUGUGUGGCUCUUGGCUACAGACUGGAUUUUUUGCUCGAUUUUGGGCUAUAAGAAAGCUUUUGUUCUUGCGUCUUCCUUCCGUACCCAAAAUGCAAACCUAUCGGUGACCCUUGUCUCUGCGACCGGGAUGCCUCGCAACACCAUGCCAAGAAACCCUCCACACCUUGAUCAAGGGGCCCCCGAGUGUUUUUAUACAGUCGCCUGUGAUGUUAAACGAUGUUAAUGUGUGUUUUUGAUACAUUAGGCCCGGGCCCACAACCUCUCCGGGGCAUGUCCGGAUUCCCCGCACAGCAACAAGUACAGGCUCGAAAUGCGACAUUGGCAUCUGCACGUUUGCCAAAUGGAAAACUCGGUGCGAUUGCCCAAAAUAAAAAUUUGUGUUAUAAAGGACGUGGGAAACUAACGGGGGACACAUGGGGUAGGAACUGGGGCGAAUUGGAACUUCAACUUGCCCGUGAGCGGAACGCCAGGAAUCCAAAGCAAUCAGCAGCGCACCAUGGCAAACAUGGGAACUUUUGCCCAAAGUCUCAGCGGAUCACAGCCUGCCACUCCGCUUGAUCUUUCGUGAGUGUGCCAUCACCGCUGAUCACUCACCUUCAGACCGCCUAUAAGUCUAUUUGGGAUCCAUGUGAUCUCCGAUGCGCAAAUCGCACUGACAGUUAGCCUUAUGACUAGUGACUUCCCUUCGCUAUCCGGCGCGCCUCCGCAAUCUCAAGCUCAGAAUCCAGGGCACUUGGUAUGGGCGAAUGCCAGUCAACGAGCUAUGCAACAAACACCCGUCCAGAGGCAGCAGCACCCCACGUCCCAAGCACCGUCACGAGCACCUCAAACGCAAACCCAUCUCCCUCAGCAGCAAUCACAACCCUCCCACGAUGAUGUCUUUCCCUCCGGAGCUCAGUUUGCGAACCGAUUAGAUGAUUUUCGAAAUGGCGGGCAGGGUAUCAGCGGUCAGCUAGGAGCCGGAACUCAGCCACAAACAGGCAACAUCGAGGAGUUCCCACCGCUGGGGCGGAAUGUGCCUGCCGAGCUGGGCCAAGAUCGCCGGGGCUCCUUGAUGCAAAGUGCAGGUUUUGGCAGUUACGGAUCAGGCAUGUCCUUUGCUGGCACGAACCAGGCCCAGUCGGCACAGAAUCGCAGUAUGAUCUCAUCGGUAAACGGUCCGGAACGCAUGAUGUCGCCAGCCACGCCAGGAGCAGGAGGUAUCGGAACCUCUCGAUCACCUGUCAACCAAGCAGCGAAUGGGGUUCCAGGACAAGAAAAGGAGGAAUCUACCAGUGCCAUCAUGUCAAACCAGCGCGCUUUUGCAGAACAGCAAUCAUUACAGCUCUCGGCUCAUGGACAGGAGCAAUCCGAAACUACGCAAAGUGCCGAACAACCACCGCUCGCUGAGAUGAGUGAACUGGACAAAUUCGGACUCGCAGGUCUUCUUCGCAUGAUCCACAGCGAUAGCCCGGAUGUAGCUAGUCUUGCAGUUGGUCAAGACCUGAUGACACUGGGCCUUGACUUGAAUCAGCCGGAGCCGCUACAUACGUCGUUCGCUUCGCCAUUCGUUGCUUCCAUGACAGGCGUGCCUCUGGAGCAAGAUUUCGCUCUGCCUUCGUGUUACAACGUUGCCAACAUCCAGCCACUCCAGUCGCGCAUUCCUAGUUUCAGCGACGAGACGUUAUUCUUCAUUUUCUACAGCAUGCCCCGCGAUAUCAUGCAGGAACUAGUUGCUGAAGAGUUGAUGGGUCGCAAGUGGAGAUAUCACAAGAUUGAGAGAUGCUGGCUUACUCGGGAUGAAACCUAUCCUGGUCCUGUUGAUGUCGACAGAGGUGUCAGCGAACGGGGUGUCUACCUCCUCUGGGAUCCUGCCAGCUGGAAGAAGAUCAGGCGCGAGUUCAUCCUCCGAUACGAAGACCUGGACAACCGGAUGGAUCCGCAGCGCAAUCUGGCGCGUAUGGGAGUCCCGCCCCCGGGGUCAUGAAUUAUCUGAGAGGGGAGCAUGAAUGAUGGGAUCAGCACCGGCGUUGGGUUCUCUGCCAGUUUCCUAUGGGUUUUCAGGUGUGGCCGCGCACCAAGGUGUUUUCUCAACUUUAGGGGUCGCUAUGGGAACGUAGGAUACUAUUUGAAAUCAGAUGACUUGUAUGAUCUUGCCAGUG